CCAGAAAUCCACAUACAUAAAGCUGACAGCCCUCAAAAGUAUAAAUUCCCCUUAACCAGUAAUUCACAACGUAAAAUAAAUUAUCGAAUUCGUCACUACGAAUCGUUAGAUAACAAUUGAAAUAACAUCUUAUCGUGAAUUAAUUCGAUAAUCAAGUGCUGGCAGUUUGAGUUUUUGUUUAUCGAUUUCUGUGGAUGUAAAUGAAUUUUUGAAAAUUGUUUAAAAUUCUGAUGACACAGAUCGAGGGGGUGGAAUAAGUGGAAUAAGUAAAUAAAUAAUAUAUGUAAUUGUGUUGGUAUUAUUGGGUGGAGUAAGGGCGCAGAAGCAAAAAAAUUGAGAAAGUGGGAGUUGAAGGCUGAGCGAGUGGCGCGUCAAUGCGGUAUAUUUCAGCAGCAAAUGACAAAAUUGUGGCGGAGGCAAUGGAUAUGAAUGGGUGUAAGUUUGUGGAUAAAUAAUGUGUUAGUUACCAUGGAUGAGGAUUGAGUUGAGACCCAAUGGGCCUGACGGGGUGUGAUGACGAGUAUUAGACGAGUGUAAGUGAAUGGACGGAUGGUGUUGUGGUCAGACGUAUUGGGUGGGGGGAGUGAUGAUGUUUUUUGGUUUUUCCACGAAACGACCAGCUGUUCACUCACCGAUUAGGGAAGAGAUGCUGGUGACACAUGGAGAACCCAACGAAUGGGGUUGACUGUUAUAGGAAAAAGUUCAGUGGAGAGCCAGGAAAAAUGGCCGGUGAAAAUACACAGAUCUUUGCCAAUGGUACUGUUGAUGCCAUCAUUCCACCGGAGAAAUUGGCGAAUGGUAAUGGGGAUGUGCAUUGCAAUAAACAGAAUAAUAAUGGAACGAUAACUAAUGGCAAAGUUCUGGAGAUAAGUCCUAUUGAAAAUGGGAAACUUAUUGGGAAUGGAGAUGAGAAAUCGAAUAGUCUUCAUACGGAUUUCGAUGAGGCUGAUAUUUCCUGUGGAUGGGGCCCCUGCAGGCCCAGUUGGUUGCAAUUGUUUGCAACUAAACAGGCUUUUUUGGUCACGUUCUGUCUUACUUGGAACGAUUGGAGCAACAAGUUCACAUGUUAGGACAGACGCAACGAAGUAUUGCGAGGGUGAAUUCCUGGAUGAUCAACUAAUUCAGAGUAAGAUAACAGCAGUGGUACUGACAAUAUUUUUUGUCUCCCUCCUGGGAGUUGGUAUGGGACAAACUGCGGUCUACACACUGGGUAUACCAUACAUAGACGACAACGUUGCAUCCCGCGAGAGUCCUUUGUAUUUCGCGAUUACAAUAGGGGUAAGGAUUCUCGGUCCUGCUCUUGGUUUUAUCCUCGGAUCACUAUGCACCAUGCUCUACGUUGAUCUCGCUGCUGAUCCUCAGAUCACACCCACUGAUCCCCGAUGGGUCGGUGCUUGGUGGCUCGGUUUAGUUCUGAUUGCUGCGAUGCUGAUGCUGGUGAGCAUCGCAAUGUUCGCCUUUCCCAGCCGAUUGCCAACGAGUCGAUCUCCACCUAAGAUAGAGGAUUCGAAGAAACCAAGUCUCAGAGAUUCUGAAGGGAUUCCUGGGUUUGAGCCAACAUGCGAGCCCAGCUGUGACUGCGAUCGUUAUAAGUUCAGUCCAAUUUGUGGAGCUGAUAGGAAAACCUACUUUUCCGCGUGUCACGCUGGCUGUUCGAAUUACACCGUAGCAGAUGGCAAAGUUUCUUCGUUUUCAAAUUGUCAAUGUAUCGGGCAAAACGAGACAUAUCCCGAGUUAUUGAGUACAGCAACGAUAGGUUACUGCGAGCUGGAAUGCAGUAACAUCUGGGUUUACAUGAUUCUCUUCUCAGUAUUCGUUUUUAUCCACUCAACGAGUGAAGUGGGUUCAAUGUUACUAAUACUCAGGUGUGUGGAUCCUCGGGACAAGGCAAUGGCCUUGGGCCUUAUACAAUUUGCCAUUGGAUUAUUCGGUAAUGUACCUUGUCCGAUAGUUUACGGUGCUGUUGUGGAUUCUGCUUGUUUGGUUUGGGAAUAUGCCUGUGGGGAGAGAGGGGCCUGUUGGCUCUACGACGCAAAAAUAUUCAGGAUGUUCUUCCAUGGUACAACCGGUGGUAUACUACUCUUAGCAUUUAUAGUUGACGUUGUCGUGUGGUACAAAGCAGGAAGUAUAAAUUUUGUGGAUGAUCAAGCUGGUGAUCAUGGCUCAGCAGAGGAAAUGACAACUCUUAAGUCACAGGACGCCCAAGCAGUCGCCAAUGAAUAUCGAAAUUCAUUUUAAUCUAAGAUAAAAAUUGAAUGAACGAGAUGAAGUAAGAUAUAUCAUUAUUUUUUCAUGAAAAUUUGUGGGCUCAGUGUGGAUUUUCAGUCGAGCGCGUCAUGUGGCAAUGGAAUCAUUGUCUUUUGGGAGGAGAUCACAUCGACUAUUCAACUGCGUUUUCCAGUGAAUUUUUAGGGAGUUAAUUUAGAAAUAAGAGCUGCCAUAGUGAAUGUGUAGUUGGAUAACGAUGUGGAGGUACAAGCGGAUUUUUCUUUCGAAAGAAUUCGAAGUAGUGGGAUUUAAUGUUGCUUUUUAAAAUGGCAUAUUAGGUGUCUUUGUUUCAUUAUUUUUUAACGGAAUGAAAAGUGGACAGAACAAUGGAUGUUUAUUCCCAAUCAUAAUUCAGUGGAAGUCAAUCAAUUGAGAGUUGAUUAAAUCUGAAAGAUGAAUGAACAUCCGUGGUAUAGAUGUCGAGGAGUGAAAAGGAAUGGAAAUAAAUAAUAAAAUUUUUUUUUUUCCGUACCUAAAUGCAACGGUGCUACCCACAGACGAGAUAAAUCGGUGUGCCGUGACUCGUUGAUUUGAAUGAUAUUAAUUGGUCAAUAGAAAUGAAAUUGAUGCGGAAUCACGUAGUGAAACAUUAACUUGCCGCUUGUUGAGUUUGAAGUUCAAGAUUUCUCAGGGGCAAACAGCUCAAAGGAUAUUCAAUAAUUU